UACGGCGUUGGGCUUGUCCCCUCUACAUCACUUAUUUUCUACCUCUCUCUUAACUCCUACUACCGACCGCUCGACGCGAAUUUCUCGACUGCUGGACAGCUCAAAACAACGAUCUCUCUCUACGAAGAACAUACGAAUAGCACAUACCUACGAAAUCAAAAUGGCACUCCUUUCAGCAGAGCACCUGGCCGGCCCAGGCUACAUCAUCCUCAACGUCCAGAGGGGCUUGAACAUCAUUGCGCUUGCUUCAGUGGUUGCUAGCAGCGUCGUUAUGCUCGUCAAGACCUUCAUCGUCUCGAAGUUCUUUUUUUUCGAUGCUACAAGUCAUGUUAUCACAGCCAUUGUUGGCUUGUUCCUCAUUGUCUCUGAGUGCUCGCUCUUCCGCAACUUUUUCGCUCGCAACUGGCCUCUCCUCAGCCCUGCCCAUGGUUUUGUGACUUUGGGCUGCGCCAUGAUGGUCCUUGGGCUCAAUAUGUUGGGCAACAUGAACAAGGAGGCCACAAGCCAGAAGUCUCUGACUUUGCCCUUCUGGAGGCUCCUGGUGGCAUCUGGCAUCCUUGCUAUUGUCAUUGGCUUUUUCAACGUUAUUGCUAGCUACGUCUUCUGCGACCGAUCGCGAGGCAUCACAGCCCGUCGUGUCCGCUCCCGUGGUGCUAUGACAUUGUCUGAAGUCGAUGCUGAGUCUCAGCAUUACGACUACGACCCCAAGCACAAGGCCUUUACCAUCAGCACACAACACACCGGCAGCACCUCCUCCCGCACACACAUCGGGCAAUCACCACCCAUGCGAAAUGGAACACCAUCUAUGCGCAUGGGCACGCCACCAGCAAUGGGCGCACCCACACCCCGUGUUGAUUGCGGCUCGCCUCAACUUGAGGCUCAGCAGCAAUCGACCAACCGCCUCUCAACAUUCGCAUUCAGCCCGAUCUCCGCCUUCAAGAGCGUGCGUGGUUCUUUCCUCCCUUCAUACCACAGCACCUCGCCACCCAAGCCAGGCUUCUUUGGCCACCGCCCCUCAUCUUCCAUCUACUCGCGCACAACAUAUGGUGGCGAGCCCGCGAAGAAGAAGUUCUGGCAGCGCAUGGCUAGAGAGGAGGAGCCUGAGGUUCCUCGCGUGCCGGCUGAGAUCUCUGGACCGUUGAACAUAAACCCUCAGUUUGCGCACCUGGUCAAGCCUAACCUUGCACACCACCCGAGUGUCAGGAGGCCCGAGGCGGACUUUGACAAGAUCUAAGUGUCUUAAGAAGACUGCCGUGAGACGAGCGUAUAUGAAUGUUUAUGAUACCACUUUCUUUUUGUACAAUUUGAGCCUGAAUAUUGCAUAAUACGGCAAGGACAUGGGCGGAGUUACUUGUGCAUAAUGGCAACUUCAAUAUCUUCAACAUUGCGCGUUCCUCCCAGUGACACCUUCUGCAAUAAGGUCAAGUUUCUAUCGUCAUCUGUUCUAAUAACUCCAUCCAGUGAUGCUGUGUUGUACAUGAUGCAGUGCUUUACAGCUAUAUAUACACUGGUUACACGG